GCAAGAGAAAUUGCUCAAAGACGCUCACAGCAAAGGGUUGCAUUUGCGAUCGACACGUUGCGAUGAAAUUGAUUUGGUAAAGGCGACCUACUGCCCAAGGCGAGUUGCUUGUGAGUGAAUCAACAUUUGUUGUGGAUAUACUUGACCUGAAGAGGGCAAAGUCUGGCGGGCGUUUGCUGUGAAGAUCAGGUCAGUACAAGAGAUUGACGUGGACCUGUGUCAGUACCUGCUUCAACAUGACUGAAUCAUGCCUUCCAAGCUGAAAAAUACAGGUUCAGUUCCAGGAACCAGCUUCCCAGAAGAUUGCAGGUGUUGUUUCUGCAACCUGCAUGUUUAUGACGUUUGAGAAAGCCCAAGUUGCAGCUGCCAACACACGACGUGCAUCCUUUGAAGUUGAAGCUUCAAAAAGAUCAACUGACUAGAUAUUUAGCUUCCCUGAUAAUUUCUCAGAUUGGGGAUCAGUCGAAGACGCCGCAUGUUUCAGAGAAAGUUGUUGCGAUGAGUGUUCACUUUCAGGCAAAGUCAAGAGAGGAUUCGGAAUUUGAAUUUCAUCAAACACCUCUAGACUUUGGUUGGAUCCAAUCUGGUCGUGGAUGGAUGAAAAAGAAGGAAAAAGGCGUUGACCAAGCCAUGUCGCAGUCACCCACCUUGCAUGGAACGAGAUCGAUAGAUGCUGAAUGCUCACCAUUGAAGGCUGAUGAAUACGCGAAGGAAGGAAAGGAUGGCCUUUGCUGUGCCCUUGUGUGCCGGGUCGCCGCAGGCCAUGUGCUUUACAAUGAUGAGGUCACACCGGAUGCAGAGAAGCUGCAAGAAAGCUGUAUCUCCGGAAAGUUUCACAGCAUCCUCGGGGACCGUGAGAAAUGCCGAGGAACCUUCAAGGAGUUUUGAUGAAUUCUGAAGUUUCCAAGUCUACGUGGAAUAUGCAUUGUUUUACAAGCGGCGGUACAGCUGACUGAAGAACUCUGAACUGAGGGGUGCAUGCAUGAGAAAAGUGCCAGUUGUUGGUGCAAGUGGUCGUUCGUCUUUUUGUGUGUAAGCGAUGUUUAUAUAGGUCUAUCAUGCAAAGCAAUCACAGUAUGCAAUCAAUCUCGAUGAUAUUUCUAUCAGCAGAUGUUGAACAGAGAGUUAUGCAGAUGUAGUAAUAUACUGUACGAAGUGGUUUUGGUACGGUAAACGAAUUCGACCGACAACAGUUCUCAGGUGACACUGCUUGCUUGGUUCGGAUGCUGUGGCUUGAUCCUCGUGUGGCUGCAACUAUGAUGACUAGAGUGACUAGAGCUGCAAAGACAGAAGCUCGACUGAUCUAGCAAGGGUUCCUGCUUCAUGUGCUUCAAUCAGCGCGCGGACUGCUGAAGGGCUUUGGUCUGCUCAUGAAGUUGAAGCUUCAAGUGCAAGCCAGAUCCAGUACGCUGUGACUGUCGCCUUUCUCGGGAGUGUACAGUGAUACCGUUUCACCUAACGCUUGAAGUGCUACAGCAGAUUCGAAGGAAAGGACAGAG